AUGUCAAGAGUAGACUCCAGUCAGUUUUCGCGUUUACAGAGUGAUCCUUCUUGUAUAAGAAACAUAUGCAUUGUGGCUCACGUCGAUCACGGUAAGACUUCUCUAUCGGAUUCGCUACUGGCUUCAAAUGGGAUUAUAUCCCAAAGGCUAGCGGGAAAGAUUCGGUAUUUAGAUUCAAGGCCAGAUGAACAACUACGUGGAAUUACCAUGGAAUCAUCAGCUAUCUCAUUGUAUUUCAGAAUCCUUAGAAAGCAGGAAGGUUCUGCAGAUUCUUUAGUAAAUGAACAUUUGAUAAAUCUAAUAGAUUCGCCAGGCCAUAUAGAUUUUUCAAGUGAAGUAAGCGCCGCUUCAAAAUUAUGUGAUGGUGCAGUUGUUCUAGUUGAUGUUGUUGAAGGCGUUUGUUCUCAAACUGUCACUGUUUUAAGACAAUGCUGGAUUGAGAAGCUUAAGCCAAUUUUAGUACUGAACAAAAUAGAUAGAUUAUUCACCGAAUUACAACUUACAGCGCAAGAAGCUCAUAUACAUUUAUCAAAGGUCAUUGAGCAAGCAAAUUCCGUUAUUGGCUCUUUUUUCGCGGGUCAAAGACAGUUGGACGACUAUUCAUGGAGAGAACAAUUAGAACAAAACGCUAGUGCAGAGUACGUUGAAAAGGAUGAUUCAGAUAUUUAUUUUGAUCCCUCUCAAAACAAUGUUGUCUUCGCAUCUGCUAUCGAUGGUUGGGGGUUUAACAUAAGUCAAUUGGCCAAAUUUUAUGAACAAAAGCUUGGGGCUAAGAGAGAAAACUUACAAAAAGUCCUUUGGGGAGAUUUUUUCAUGGACCCUAAAACCAAGAAGAUUAUCAAUAAAAAAGGUUUGAAGAAUCGAUCGUUAAAACCUCUUUUUGUUUCAUUGAUUAUGGAGAAUAUUUGGAAAAUUUACGAAAGUGUAACGAUAUCAAAGAAUAGUGAAUCCGUAGAAAAGAUUAUCAAAGCAUUAAACAUAGAUGUUCCAGCUCGUGAUUUGAGAACUAAAGAUGAGAAGCAACUCCUAAGGAGAAUCAUGGGCCAGUGGCUCCCUGUCAGCACGGCAGUAUUAUUAACUGUGAUUGAAAAAUUACCUUCCCCCAAACAGUCGCAGAAAGAAAGACUGGAUACAAUUAUUGCUGGAGCUCCUGGUGCCGAAAGUAUAGAUACUGAGCUGAUGGAUUCUAUGAGAAGUUGCGAUAAUGAUGGUCCAGUUAGCGCCUAUAUCUCAAAAAUGAUUUCUAUUCCAAGGGAAGAGCUACCUUUACCACUCUCUGAAAAUCACUUGCAUGCUGACCUUAUAGAAAGAAGUCGAAAGGCGAGGAAUUUGGCAUCGAAGGCAGCCAAACAUGCAGAGACGUUGGAAAGACUAAACAAAAUCAGAUCAACGAAUAAUCAAGAUGUUAACAAAGAACAGGAGGAAACUGAUCUUUAUCAAAGAGCGAAAGAGACAGUCGCUACUCCAGAACUAGAGGUACUUGAAGUUAAGAACCACAAUCAGCAAAUGUUAUCGCACACUUUAAAUGAGGCAUAUCUUGAUUCGGAUUUUAAUAAUGCUGAAACAGAUCAUGAUGAAGGUUUGGUGCCUCAAUUUACUCCUUCGCUAGAUCCAAAUGACCCACUAGCAUCCAUGUUUGAGUAUGAAGAGGAAGAUCCUUUCGAACAAACGCCGAUAGUAACAGAGGAAGAGCUCGCAGACGAUUUAUUUGACGAAAGUGACGAAGUAUUAGUUGGGUUUGCAAGAGUUUAUAGUGGUAUGUUGAGAAAAGGGCAAGAAAUCACAGUUUUAGGACCAAAAUAUGAUCCAAAAAUGCCGACAGAUAACGUACAAACGGCUACCAUAACUGACUUGUAUAUGUUUAUGGGUAGGGAGCUGGUGCCACUCGAGGUCUGCCCACCUGGUAAUAUCGUGGGCAUUCGUGGUUUAGCGGGCAAAAUAUUGAAAAAUGGUACUCUUAUUGAGAAAGGUGUUCAUGGGGUCAACUUAGCUGGUAUACCAUUUCAGACGACUCCAAUUGUUCGUGUAGCGGUCGAAUCAACCAAUCCAGUGGAAAUGAGCCGGUUAUCAAGAGGUUUAAAGCUCCUGAACCAAGCUGAUCCCUGUGUCGAGACCUACGUGGAAGAUAGCGGUGAACAUAUCUUAUGUACCGCGGGGGAACUUCAUCUCGAAAGGUGUUUAAAGGAUUUAAGAGAGAGAUUCGCCGGUAUUGAGAUAACGAGUUCAGAACCAGCAAUCCCAUAUCGUGAGACGUUUUUGGACACUCCCGACAUGAAUCCACCAAAGCACUCUGAAUUAGGUAGAGGUUCUUGCGAGUUAGUUCUCGGGCCCUAUAAGAUAUCUAUUCAAACGAUACCUUUACCAGAUUCCAUUACCCAAUUUUUGAUAACCCACGAAAGUGAGAUCAGAUCGUUUUCAAGUGUAAAGAACGCAGUGGAUACAAAAGAUGUUCGCUUAUCCUUCAUGCGGAAAUUUGAAAAAAUUUGUUCGAAUUCUGAACUCACUGGUCGAAUGAAUUUAUGUGUGUCAGAUAUAGCAUCUCUUGGACCAAAAAGGUCUGGCCCCAAUAUAAUUUCAUCUCAGAAUAAUUUGUUAGGGUCGCUAUCGACUUGUAGCUCACCUACAUGGGAGUAUUCGGAUUCUUUACUAAAUGGUUUUCAACUUGCAGUUAGUGAAGGGCCCCUGUCGAAGGAGCCAGUACAAGGCAUGUUUGUUUUAGUGCAAAGUAUCAAAGAGAUGACUGAACAAGAACUGGACGAAAUUGAAAAUCCGCAACACCAAAAGAAUGUUUUAGAUAUAUCAGGAAGACUGAUAACUUCAUUCAGAGACUGUGUCCAUGAGAGUUUCUUAGAUUGGUCGCCAAGAAUGAUGUGGGCAAUGUAUUCAUGCGACAUCCAAACUUCUGUAGAAGUUCUAGGGAAAGUUUACGCGGUGGUACAACAAAGACGUGGUAAGAUUGUUUCAGAAGAGAUGAAAGAAGGCACCCCCUUUUUCCAGAUAGAAGCCCAUGUUCCCGUGAUUGAAGCUUUCGGCUUCAGUGAAGACAUUCGAAAGAGGACUUCCGGCUCUGCCCAACCUCAAUUAGUAUUCGCAGGAUUCGAAUGUAUCGACAUGGAUCCAUUUUGGGUUCCGACGACGGAAGAAGAACUGGAGGAAUUAGGUGACACAGCGGACAAAGAAAACAUCGCACGCAAACACAUGAACGCUGUUAGAAGGCGUAAAGGUCUAUUCAUUAAUGAAAAGGUUAUUCAAAAUGCUGAGAAACAAAGAACGUUGAAGAAGAACUAG